AUGUUUUCCAGAGUGUUUGUACGUUCCCUUGCAUCUGCCGCCAAAGGUGUGAAACCUCCAGUGCAGUUGUUUGGUCUUGAUGGCACAUACGCAACUGCUUUGUUCACAGCAGCUUCCAAGUCUUCUUCCAUCGAAGGAGCUUCUAAGUCUCUAAACGACUUGGCUCAACUUAUCUCAAAGGACAACAAGUUGCAAACCAUUUUGAGUAACCCGGCUCUUUCUUCUAUUGACAGAGGGGUUGUUGUUGACACUUUGGCCAAAUCACAGAAGGAUCUUGACACCUCCGUGUCCAAUUUGCUAAAAGUCUUGGGCGAAAACAACAGAUUGGAUCUUUUGUCAGACGUGACUUCUCAAUUUGCCAAGCUAACCGACGCUUACAAAGGUUUAAUUCAAGCUACAGUGACUACUGCUCAACCUUUAGAUUCCAAAUUGCUCAAAAGAGUCGAAAAGGCACUCUCACAAUCCAAUCUGGUCGGUCAAGGUAAGACUUUGAAAUUGGAGAACACUGUGAACCCUGACAUACAGGGUGGUUUGAUUGUUGAGAUUGCAGACCGCACCAUUGACUUGUCAAUUGCGUCAAAAAUCCAGAAGUUGAACCAAGUGUUGAACGAGUCCAUCUAG